AUGAUGACUGAUGAUGGUGAGACGACCGCGGAAGUUUUUUUUGUCCAACAUGAUGUCAGAUACAGAUGGAUUGUGGACGGGUAUGAGUGGGAGAUCCUUCUAUAUCCGAACGUCCUGGACUCCAGGGGUUUGAGCACGUUCGUGGCACUGCGUCUCAUCUUUCUCAGUGAACCCAGAGCGGGGGCUGUGAGGACAACUCUACGCAGUUGCUUGGUUGAUCAGGAAGGAGUGCAUAAGCCACGCCAUGAAAAUUAUCAGACUAUAACAUUCAGGAAGCCCCAAGAUAGCUCGGAAAGAAUUAAGCUAGAAGGAUUUGGUUAUAUCAAGGAUGGUUCUUUUAGUGUGCAAUGCACCCUUGAUGUUCUCAGGGAACUAGCAGAGGAAACAGACCCGCUUAAAAAACUAUAUCUGCCAUCGUCUGACUUGCACCUGCAACUUGCUCAACUCCUUCACAGGGAGACCAGAGCGGACGUCAGAUUUCUCGUGUCGGGCGAGUCUUUUGCUGCGCACAAGGCCAUCCUCGCCGCAAGGUCCCCUGUCUUCAUGGCCGAGUUUUUCGGAGACAUGAAGGAUAAGGACAUGGAGUCUGCGGUGUUCAAGGCCCUUGUUCAGUUCAUCUACACCGACACUGUGCCAGAAUUCAGACAACAGGAGUGGGACGGGGAGGCCAUAUACACUGACUCUGCGCCAAAAUUAGAACAGCAGGAGGAGGCUGAUACAAAGGCGGGGACAGUCAUGACCCAACAUCUGCUUGCCGCUGCUGACAGGUAUGGACUGGACAGGCUCAAGCUCAUAUGCGCCUUCAAGCUCUCCGGUGGCAUCAACGUGGACACUGCGGCGACAACUUUAACUUUAGCCGAGCAACACAACUGCCCAGAGCUCAAGGCAAGGUGUGUUCAGUUCAUUAUCAAAACUUCUGCCACUCUUGAUGCUGUGUUGGCGACAGAGGGGUACAAGCAUCUGGAGGCAAGCUGCCCUCUUGUGGUGAUUGACCUUCUCAGGUCUGCGCGUGGGAGUAAAACUUGAAAUGUAUCUUUGGCCGUAUGGGGCCAAGGUUUGAUGGUUCAUGGUAU